AAUUAGCGAGGAGCCUCGGGCCUUGACUCUUAGCCAUAAAUCGCCAUUCGAGUUUUCCUUCAGCUCUUGCUCCCGUGACCCGAGAAAAAAUUAGUGUGGUGGGUUUCAUCCUGUGCGGUAUCAGACAUGGGAGGAGGCAAUGGGCAAAAAUCAAAGAUGGCUCGUGAGAAGAAUCUCGAGAAGAAUAAGGCCGCAAAGGGAAGCCAGCUGGAAUCAAACAAGAAAGCAAUGACGAUCCAGUGCAAGGUGUGCAUGCAAACAUUUAUGUGCACCACAUCGGAAGUGAAGUGUAGGGAGCAUGCUGGAGCCAAACAUCCUAAAUCUGAUGUUACUGCUUGUUUUCCGCAUCUUAAAAAGUGAACAUAUUGGGGAGUGCAAGUGGACAAAACUUGAUAUCAUCAUGGCCUCUUCCUUAAACCAUUUCACAGGGAUCUUCCUCAACUUCUAUUUAAAUCAAAUGUGUCUUUCUGUGUUUGUGCCUUGGGAAUUGGGAGGGACAAUGAGGGGAGCGUGUAUAUUAUGAUUUUCCCCUUGAUACGAGAGGGGAAGAAACUGUGGUGCUUUCUCUUUUUGUCUAGCUGUAAUUGGUUAAUGAUCGUUUGUGUUAAUAUAAAA